AAAACAUGUCAAAAUUAGAAUGAGAUUUAGAGUCCCUAGCUAGCUAGCACAGUACCCUUUUGUCCCUCUUAGAAUCAAUCAGUUACAACCUUUGGAUUGAGUGGCUUGGCAACACCUCCAUACGUUUGAACUGCCCCCACAAUUGUUCUGGGUUCAAUCCAACGCAAAUUGAGUGGGUCAGGUCGCAAGUGUUGAAGAAGAGCAUGUGUGUAGAGAUGUGUUUGUCUGACACUGACACCUCUUUGCGUAUCAAUCAUGCAAUAACCUGCCGCCAAUUAUACCUCUUCUCUUCAGUCUUUUUUUCUUUUUCUUUCCUCUUCCAAAAUUCAUUCCCUCUUAAUCUUAUUUUAUUUCUUCUUCCAAACAAAAACCGUACCAACCCCCAAACAAUUUCUGGAAUUUCCACGAAAAAUUUGGCGCAGGUUGUUAAUUGUUAUGUACACCUAGCUGUACAGUACAAGUCCCAUCUCUUUUAUUUAUUUUUUACUUUAUUCGAUAUUAAUUAUAUUCCUGUUUAGUGAAUACUGUCUUAUUCCUUGGUUUUUGUUCUCCAUUUGAAAAUUGCUACCUAAACCAGCCUAUCCAACUCUGAAUAUUUUCUUAAACUGAAUCCCUCUGUCCUUUCUUGUUAAACUAUGAAUUAGGCCAUAUUUGUUACAAAGAAAAUUAAUUCCCCCGGGGUUUUAUUAUAAUUUUGUGCCAAGUUUGUUGUUUUUUUUUUUUUUUAAUCGAAGAGGGUUUGUUCUUAUUGGGGAUGCAUAUUGAGGGUGGUGGAGGAAAACAACAAUGGCGAAUCUGGUUCCGGGGGUGCUUCUGAAGCUUCUUCAGCACAUGAACUCGGAUGUGAAGGUUGGUGGCGAGCACAGGUCUUCGCUUUUGCAAGUUGUGAGCAUUGUUCCGGCACUUGCAGCAGGGGGUGAGCUUUUCCCAAACCAAGGUUUUUAUCUCAAGGUCUCUGAUUCCUCUCAUGCUACCUACGUGUCACUCCCUGAUGAGCAUGAUGAUCUCAUUCUCAGUGAUAAGAUUCAGUUGGGUCAGUUUGUGUUUGUUGAUCGCUUGGAGGGUGCUUCUCCCGUUCCCAUUCUCAGAGGGGUUAGGCCUGUUCCUGGGAGACACCCUUGUGUUGGAACCCCUGAGGAUAUUGUUGCAACUCAUUCCCUUGCUUUCCUCGAUAAUGGUAAUGACAAAAAUGGGGCUUGUUCUGGUGGGGGUGACGUGGAUAGGUCCAAGUCUCCGAGGAAGGUGUUUGGUGGUGGGGUUGGGGAGAAGGAGAAGAAGGAGAGAGUGAGAUCAAUUGUUGUUGGUGGUGGUGGGAGUGGUAAAGAGGAUGUGCAAUCCAGCAAGGCAAGUGCUGUUUUCGGUAGGAGCAAAUAUCAGCCUCAGCAACCACAGCCAAUCAAGCCUGCACUCAAGAUUCAGGUCAAGAAGGAAUCCUUGGCUAGAUUGAAGUCAACCAAUUCGCGGUCCAUUCCUUCGUCGCCGAGUAGUUGCUACUCGUUGCCGAGUUCUUUUGAGAAAUUUGCCAAUGGGGUCAGGCAGCACCAGGGAAAGGUUGGGGCUAAGGUGGGAGUGGCGGAGACGGAAAAGGCUGUUCGUGGGGCUAGUAGUUUGGUUGGGAAGAAAAUUGUGGUGGGAAAUCCGAUUAGAAAUUUGGUGCAGGGAAUUGAGCUGGGGACAAAGGCUCUAAGGAAGAGCUGGGAAGGGAGUAUGGAGGUCAAGACUAAAGAGUCUUCCAAAACCAGGGUUGCAACCAAGUUUGAUUCUAAGCCUGAAGCAAGUACGCCUAGGAGGAGAAGCAUUUCAACUGAAAAGUUUCUAUCUAAAGAGGAGAGCAGGAUCCAAGCACCAACAAAGCCCUCUAAGGAACAACAUAAGAUUCAAACAUCUACAAAGAAGGCUAAUGCUAAUGGAACUGUGGAGGAACCAGAAAAGUCUAGUAAGCUAAGAACUUCCAUUGGAAAGAAAUCAGCUGAAGUUUCUAACAGCGGACUCCCUGGAAACUUGGUCAAAGUUUCUCUAAGUAAUAGAAAAGUGACAGAUGCAAGUGUUCAAUGGGCUUCACUCCCAUCAUCUAUUUCAAAGAUUGGAAGGGAAGUAAUGAAACACAGAGAUGCGGCACAGAUAGCAGCAACUGAGGCUAUGCAAGAGGCUGCUGCUGCUGAGAGUUUACUGCAAUGUCUAAGAACAUAUUCAGAGCUAACUAAUUCUGCUAAGGAACAUAACCCACAGCCAGCAGUAGAGCAGUUUUUAACUCUUCAUGCUAGCCUGAAUAGUACCCGGACAAUUGCUGAAUCCUUGUCAAAACCCAUUCCAGAUGGUUCAUCUCCAGAUUAUGAAAGGAGCACAGUGGAAGAAGCUCUAAAAGUAAAAUCAGAUAGACAAAAACAAUCGGCUUCCUGGGUCCAGGCAGCCUUGGCCACCAAUUUGUCAUCAUUUGCUGUUUUUACAAGAGAAUCUCAAUCAUCCAAGCUUCCAGCUUCAAGCAAUUCUCAAAAUCAAAAGACUGUUGUGGGAAGUCAACACAUGUUAGUCCUACACAAUUCCAGUGAAGAUGCUUCAUCAAAAGUUCAUGCAAAAACUCGUCUGACAGCUAAUUCCAAGCAUUCCUCACAAGGAACUCUUCGCAAACCAGGUGAUGGGUUAUUAAAUGGUCAGAAGCAACUAGUGCAACUUCCCCCAGAAUGGGUUAGAGGAAAUGGUCUCAAUGAGGUAGUUAAUUUGGCUGAAAUGUUACAGUUAGAGUCCCGAGACUGGUUUUUGGGAUUUGUUGAGAGGUUCUUGGACAGUGAUGGGGACACUACCUUGUCAGAUAAUGACCAAAUAGCAGGUAUGCUCACUCAACUAAAGAGUGUUAACGAUUGGUUAGAUGAGAUAGGAUCGAGCAAGGAUGAGGGAGAAUCAUGCCAGAUAUCAACAGAGACAAUUGACCGGUUGAGAAAGAAGAUAUAUGAAUAUCUUCUUACACAUGUUGAAUCUGCUGCUGCUGCACUCAGUGGUGGAUCACAAUCGUCACCUCAGAUCCAAACAACACAAAGUAAAGCCAAAAGGUGAAUGAGUACAUAGCUUAGCUUAACGAUGCAUGAGUAGAUAGGCAGAGUGGGACUAAACUCGGUCACUAAAAGUUGUCCAAGGUCCUCUUUAAAUUUCACUUAUUUUUUGCCCCCUCUUUCGUCUGUUUGUACAUAAAUCCUACAUGGGGUUUGAGGUAUAGAUGGAGUCUAAUUAUUUAGUAGGGGAGAUAGCAAACAUGAUUUAUGAGGAUAUUUUCUUUCAUUUUUCUGAAUAUUGUUCAGAUGAAAUUAUACAAAUUGAAACAAUGGAAGAUAUAAGCAGAUAUGAUCUUUUCUAAUGCCCUUCCUUGAA